GAUGACCUCGCCCUCGACCAACCUCCACACACAAGUUGCCCAAGCCCAGGGGCAGGAGGCGAGCAGCCGUCAGUGUCAACGACGCAGGAAGAGGGCACGAUUCCUCCAACACGUAUCGCAGCACCGGCGUCUCAUGCUCAAGGUCGGCGGAGCUGAUUCCCGUUCGCACCAAUUGGGAGCCAAUAGCCGUGGCGUGCAGCGGCCACGACGACAAGAUCAAGUUCAGGAUGCGGUGACAACUGACAACUAUGUCAGCGAGCUUAGCAGCCCGCGCACGGGAGGCAGCCAGAUCUGGAGGUUAGGUCUCCGCCGGCAGGAGCUGAGGCGUCAUUAACCACCAAUACCACGUAUCACUACGCCACGGGCUCGCGCCGUCGCUGCUUCGGGAAUUGGACACGCUGGACUGUAAUUGGGAUCACAUUUUUCUGUAGUUCUUGAUUGCAAUCCAUGAAAUCUCUGUAAUGCUGAAUAUAUUUAGCUGUCACCAAUUUUUUUUUUAUUUCUUGGAUGUAUACAAAAUCCCGGGAGACACCAGCUAGAACAAAUGGAGAUACAACAAAGGUGGAUCCACAAA